AUGGCACCAGCAAUCGGUAUCGAUCUAGGCACGACCUACUCGUGCGUGGGUGUCUUCCGAGACGACCGCAUCGAGAUCAUUGCCAACGACCAGGGCAACCGGACCACACCCUCCUUCGUCGCCUUCACAGACACUGAGCGUCUAAUCGGCGAUGCUGCGAAGAACCAGGUCGCCAUGAACCCCACCAACACAGUCUUCGACGCAAAGCGACUUAUUGGCCGCAAGUUCGCAGACGCGGAGGUACAAGCCGACAUGAAGCACUUCCCCUUCAAGGUCCUCGACAAGGGUGGCAAGCCAGUCGUCGAGGUUGAGUUCAAGGGCGAGAAGAAGACCUUCACACCAGAGGAGAUCUCGGCCAUGAUCUUGACCAAGAUGAGGGAAACCGCAGAGUCAUAUCUCGGCGGCACUGUCAACAACGCCGUUGUCACUGUGCCGGCCUACUUCAACGACAGCCAGCGCCAGGCCACUAAGGAUGCGGGUCUCAUCGCCGGCCUGAACGUCCUACGUAUCAUCAACGAGCCUACCGCUGCCGCCAUUGCAUACGGUCUCGACAAGAAGACAGUGGGUGAGCGCAACGUCCUCAUCUUCGAUUUGGGCGGUGGCACCUUCGAUGUCUCGCUUUUGACCAUUGAGGAGGGUAUCUUCGAGGUCAAGUCGACUGCCGGUGACACCCACUUGGGUGGUGAGGACUUCGACAAUCGUCUUGUCAACCACUUCGUAAACGAAUUCAAGCGCAAACAUAAGAAGGACCUCACCUCCAACGCCCGCGCUCUCCGCCGUCUCCGAACCGCUUGCGAGCGGGCCAAGCGCACUCUUUCUUCCUCCGCACAGACCUCCAUCGAGAUCGACUCGCUCUACGAGGGCAUCGACUUCUACACCUCCAUCACCCGUGCUCGCUUCGAGGAGCUCUGCCAGGAUCUCUUCCGAUCCACUAUGGAGCCCGUCGAGCGUGUCCUCCGUGAUGCCAAAAUUGACAAGUCGUCCGUUCACGAGAUCGUCCUUGUCGGAGGCUCCACCCGUAUUCCCAAGAUCCAGAAGAUGGUCUCCGAUUUCUUCAACGGCAAGGAGCCGAACAAGUCCAUCAACCCCGAUGAGGCUGUCGCAUAUGGUGCUGCCGUCCAGGCUGCCAUCCUUUCAGGUGACACCUCUUCCAAGUCGACCAAUGAGAUCCUGCUCCUCGACGUCGCGCCGCUGUCUAUCGGUAUCGAGACCGCUGGUGGUGUCAUGACUCCUCUCAUCAAGCGCAACACCACCAUCCCCACGAAGAAGUCGGAAGUCUUCAGCACAUUCAGCGACAACCAGCCCGGUGUGCUCAUCCAAGUCUUCGAGGGCGAGCGUGCUCGCACUAAGGACAACAACCUUCUCGGCAAGUUCGAGCUUACUGGCAUCCCACCGGCGCCGCGUGGUGUGCCCCAGAUUGAGGUCACCUUCGACGUCGAUGCCAACGGUAUCAUAAACGUCUCCGCCGUCGAGAAGGGCACUGGCAAGACCAACAAGAUCACCAUCACCAACGACAAGGGCCGUCUCUCCAAGGAGGAGAUCGAGCGGAUGUUGUCCGAGGCUGAGAAGUACAAGGCUGAGGAUGAGGCUGAGGCUGCCCGUAUCGGCGCGAAGAACGCCCUUGAGUCCUACGCCUACUCGCUCAGGAACACCCUCAACGACCCCAAGGUCGACGAGAAGCUCGAUGCUGGCGACAAGGAGAAGCUCAACUCGGCCAUCACCUCGACCGUCUCAUGGCUGGACGACAACCAGACCGCCACCAAGGACGAGUACGAGUCUCAGCAGAAGGAGCUCGAGAGCGUCGCCAACCCCAUCAUGAUGAAGUUCUAUCAGGGUGCAGGCGGUGCUGACGGUGGCAUGCCCGGCAUGGGUGGUCCAGGCGGCUUCCCAGGUGCUGGCGGCCCGGCCGGUGGUGCCAGUCACGAUGAUGGCCCGACCGUCGAGGAGGUUGACUAA